AUGGAAGAUGAAAAGGAGAACAAGUCCCCCUCUAGCAGCAGGGGGCACGCCGAGCCAGAGUACCACUACGAUUUUCUCAAAAGGCAUAGCUCGGAAAUGAAAAAAGAUCUUCUGGAGUGGUAUUACAAAUAUAGGAGAAAAUUACCCUGGCGGAAUGACCAACCACCGUACACGACCAGCGUUCAGGUGCAGGUAGGAACUCCCCAGGGUGAUAUAAGGAGCUACUUCUGCAAAGGGGGGGAUGCACAAAUUAGCAUAAAUGGUACGAAUAGAAAAGAGGGGACGAGACUUACUACAAAAGGGAGGAAAAAGGACCAAGAGGAGUUACCCCUCCGCGAAGUAAAACGAGCUAAGAAUGAAUGCGUACAGAAGAACCCAACUGAGGAAUGCAAAGGUCAACUCAGUAAUAAGUUUGAGGUUACCCAGGCGAAAUAUUUGACGACCCCAAUUAGGAGCACCCCGGUAAAAGUAAAACAAGAGGAUGACACAUUGCCCCCCAAUGAGAAAAAGCACUUAAGUGUUAGGGGCUAUCAAAUAUACGUAAGCGAAAUAAUGCUUCAACAGACGAGGGUCCACGCAGUAGUAAAUUUCUACCUUAAGUGGAUGAACAAAUGGGGCACAAUUUUCGAGCUUGCCAAAAGUAACCUGGACGAUGUCCUCAUAGUGUGGAAGGGUCUAGGGUAUUACAACAGAGCGAAGAAUCUACUAGACUGUUGUAAACAUGUGGUUGACAAAUACGAUGGGGUAUUUCCCAACGAUUUAAAGUUACUGAAAGAGUUACCAGGAAUAGGUGACUAUACAUCCAAGGCGAUUUGCAUACAUCUGUACAACAGGAAAGAUAUAUGCAUCGACACAAAUGUUAUUAGGAUUUUUUCUAGAAUUACGGAUACCAUUAAUUAUAGCGGCUCCACCGUUUUAACGAAGCACUGUGAACGGGUGAGCCAUUUCCUGUGCGAAGGUGACUCCAAUUAUUCUGACCUCAGCCAAGCCUUAAUGGACUUGGGGUCCAGCAUUUGUAAUGGCACCCCCCAGUGUGCUCAGUGCCCCUUGAACAAGCAUUGUCUGAUCUAUUUGAAGAGGAGGAAUGAUAAUAGUAAGAAAAAAGACAGUUCGUUUUAUUUGACCCAUCCCGAUGGAUGCAAGCUGUGUGUCCAAGACAGAAACGUUGAAAUUAAGUGUGUUCCCCUGACGAAGAAAAAGAAGAAAACGGAAAAAAUAUGCCUAGUUCUGCUGGUAAAGAGGAGUGGCCCUCCAAAUGGGAAGGGAACGAGUAUAACGAGCAAGGUGGAAAAAAAGAGAACGAGAAGAAAAAAAAUUACCUUAACGGAUCAAAAAAGAGGAGAACACAUGGAGGAUGAUUACUACUUGAUGAUCAAGAACACAAACUCGAAUUUGUUUUCAAUGCAUUAUUUAUUUCCCCUUUUGCUCCUCGAUCAGUUUGAUAAAAAACUUGCGCACACGCAUUUAAAUGGGUUGCUGAACAGCCUAAAUUUGAGCAACUCCCUGGAGGAUUCCUUCACCUAUAUUAACAAUUUUAAGCAUGUAUUUUCUCAUCUCACAUAUGACACGUACAUUUACGUAUGUUCUGUCCUGAGCACGGAAAAUGUUACAGAGAGGAAAGAGAACGUCUGGAUAAAGUUGAAGGAUAUUCAGGAUUUCACGCACAACAGCUUUUGUCAAAACAUAAUAGACUACUACAGAAAAAGCGUGACUGGGUCUAGGAUGUAUCUCUCAGAAUUUUGCUUGUAG